CCGAGAGGCGGGACGCCGAGGAAAGCCAAUCGCGGGACGCACUCGGCGCAGCCGCACCCCAAGGCUCUGGGGCGGGGGUGUCACCCUGACCCGGCCGGUCCCGCUCCCGGGCUCCGAGGCUAUGGCCGGGAGCGGGUGGCUGGCGCUGCGGACGAUGCCGGGGCCUGGCUGGGUGCGGGGCUCUGGCCCCGCCGUGCUGAGGCGCCUGCGGGAUGCGGCUGUGGUGCGGCCCGGCUUCCUGAGCGCGGCCGAGGAAGAGACGCUGAGGCGCGAGCUGGAGCCGGAGCUGCGCCGCCGCCGCUACGAGUUCGACCACUGGGACGCGGCCAUCCAUGGCUUCCGAGAGACAGAAAAGUCUCGCUGGUCAGAGGCAAGCCGGGCCAUCCUGCAGCGUGUUCAGGCAGCCGCCUUUGGCCCAGACCAGACCCUGCUGUCCUCAGUGCACGUGCUGGACCUGGAACCUCGGGGCUACAUCAAGCCACAUGUUGACAGCGUCAAGUUCUGCGGAACCACCAUCGCUGGCCUGUCCCUGCUGUCUCCCAGUGUCAUGCGGCUGGUGCACACCCAGGAGCCUGGGGAGUCGCUAGAACUCUUGCUGGAGCCAUGCUCACUGUACAUCCUUAGAGACUCUGCCCGUUAUGACUUCUCCCAUGAGAUCCUUCGGGAUGAAGAGUCCUUCUUUGGGAAACUUCGGGUUCCCCGAGGCCGACGCAUCUCCGUGAUCUGCCGCUCCCUCCCUGAGGGGGUAGGACCAGAGGAGCCUGGGCAGCCACCCCCAGCCUGCUGACCCCCAGGCCCUUUGACCAGCUUCUCAGGGACACUGUUUGUGAAUAAAGCUAGGAAAUGGACAAGGUGG